AUUUCGCCCGCAUGAAACCCCAAACCCUCGCCGGCAUCGCCGACGCCGCAGCAGCGCACGCGUAGCCCCGACCCCCCUUCGCCUCGCCCCCCCCCCCGGCCCCCGCACCCGCAGGCGCCCCGAUCCCGACCGCCCCGCUGCCGAUCCCGCAGGGAGCUCGACCGACGACGAUGAACGGCGCCGCGGCACCGGAGCGCUCGCCCUCGGCCUCGCCCCCGCCCCCUGCCCCGUCCCAGGCGCCGCCGCCGCCGCCGCCCUCGCCCACCCAGCCGCUCGAGUGGAGGUUCUCCCAGGUGUUCGGCGAGCGCAGCGCCGGGGAGGAGGUCCAGGAUGUUGACAUUAUCUCAGCAAUAGAGUUCAAUAAAUCAGGACAUCAUCUUGCCACUGGGGAUAGAGGUGGACGAGUUGUUUUGUUUGAAAGGACAGAUGUCAAAGAUCAUGCUUGUAGAAAAGAUGCUGAGAAAGCUGAUUAUUCUAUCAGCAGGCAUCCUGAAUUUCGCUACAAAACUGAGUUUCAAAGCCAUGAACCAGAGUUUGAUUACCUUAAGAGCUUGGAAAUUGAAGAGAAGAUCAACCAAAUAAAGUGGUGCCAAGCAGCAAAUAGCGCAUUGUUUCUGCUGUCGACAAAUGACAAAACAAUAAAGUUUUGGAAGGUCCAAGAAAAGAAGGUAAAAAAGGUAUCUGAGAUGAAUUUGGACCGUACAACUGCUCCUGCAAAUGGUAGUCCUAGUGGUGUGGGCUAUCUGAGCCCAUCUCUCGUUAAUGGCAAUGCUUUAAAGCCUGGUGGAUUUCCAUUGCUUCGCAUGCCUGUGGUAGUUACAAGCCAGGAAACAAGUCUUGCCGCAAGUUGCCGAAGAGUAUAUGCUCAUGCACAUGACUACCAUAUAAACUCCAUAUCAAAUAAUAGUGACGGUGAAACAUUUAUAUCAGCUGAUGAUUUGCGGAUAAAUCUUUGGAAUUUUGAAAUCAGCAGUCAGAGUUUCAAUAUUAUUGAUGUUAAGCCUACAAACAUGGAGGAUCUAACUGAGGUGAUAACAUCUGCUGAGUUCCACCCUACUCAUUGCAAUACAUUAGCUUAUAGUAGCUCAAAGGGUUCCAUUCGGCUUGUUGAUCUGCGGCAGUCAGCACUUUGUGACACUCAUUCACAAAUCUUUGAGCAGCAUGAGGCCCCAGGUUCAAGAUCAUUUUUCACUGAGAUUAUAGCCUCAAUUUCGGACAUAAAGUUUUCCAAGGAUGGGAGGCAUAUUCUCAGUCGUGACUACAUGACUCUGAAGCUUUGGGAUGUUAAGAUGAAUUCUGGCCCAGUUGUAACAUUCCAGGUUCAUGAGUAUCUAAGGCCUAAGUUAUGUGAUUUGUAUGAAAAUGACUCAAUUUUCGACAAAUUUGAAUGUUGUCAAAGUGGUGACGGAUUACGAGUAGCAACUGGUUCCUACAGCAACAUUUUCCGCAUGUUUGGUGUUGGUACUGGUAGCAAUGAGGCAACAACACUUGAAGCAACUCGAAACCCGACAAGGAGACAGCUCCAGAAUCCCACAAGGGCUGCCAGAUCCCUGAAUACUCUGACAAGGGCUGUUAGACGAGGUGGAGAAAACACUGGAAUAGAUGCCAAUGGAAAUUCCUAUGACCUCAGCACAAAGUUGCUCCAUUUGGCUUGGCACCCAUCUGAAAAUCUAAUUGCGUGUGCUGCAGCCAACAGCUUGUACAUGUACUAUGCAUAAACAAGCAAAUCGAACAGAGCGACAGUUUUUUUGGUGGUUGCUCCCGGUGACAAAGAUGGGUUUAGUCCUUGGUGGAUUAAAGCCGGGAGUUGCUGGAGAUUGUGUAUUUUGUGCCAGCCAGAUGCAGUUCUUUUCAGUGCCAUAUAGAGCUGUCCAGAGUCCAAGAGGAAGUGACUCGAUCAUUCCCGGGAAGCAGCUUUGAUUCUGAUUAAAAUUUUUUGUGGGGAAAGGCUUGUCUUUCCCCCAUAGGUUCAUUUAGAUUUAAAGAUAAAUUCUAGUUCGACAACAUUUGGGCAUCUGUAGUAGACGCUGAUAAGGGGAUGGUCAACCGUUGUAUUCAUGUUGGAGCAUGGGUCUGUAACUUCAGGAUGGGGGUUGAGGCUUUCGAUAAUUUUAUCUUAUUACAGAUUGACCGUUUCCCCCGUUAUCUGGGGCUCCUUAUUUUCCUCUAGAAUGCCAGGGCCAUUGUCGUGUUUUAGCGGAACUCUAGAAUAGAUCCCAUACUUAUUGUCAUUUUGUUGUAUGUACAUUUUAAAAUUGGCGGAAAUGCCUCUGCUUUUAUUAGCCUCUGCUUUCAUUUA